AUGACACCCAUGGACAUGCCCCUCGACUACUGCUCCUCCAUUGUGUACUGGUCGCUCGGAGUCGUCGCCUCAGGUGCCGUGGAGAGCCGCGUCGAUAAAUUCGACAACACGGAUGUCGGUCUAUACAAGUGGAGGGACAUGCUAGACCUUCUUGGUUUUCACGACACCAAGAUCAUGUUGGCCGUCGGCGGAUACCCUCAGGAGAGCGUGUUCUUCUCAAGGCUGGGUCGAGACUCUGGUGCUAUGGCGCGCUUCGUCGCGAGCCUCAUGAAGAUGGUCUUGAAGAGCUCCGCGAACGGCAUUCUCAUCGACUGGGUCGAGCCAGAGCCCGGAUGUGGACGGCCCGAGGACUGGACCACACUGCUUCGGUUGAUUGACACCAUUCGGCGCGCGUAUCGCCUCUCCGGUGCUGUCGUGGGCUCCGGUGACAUCGCGGUUGCGAUUCCGCAAAACGACUCUGUGGCAAAACAAGUGUUGGGUAUGGUGGCCCACAGCGUAGAAUGGGUUUUCCUUCAGACGCACCUUCGGGGGCCUAACCAAAUGUAUCAUAACGACAGCUGCCGCAGCUUGGCCCAUUCGCGCAACAUUAUGGUCAAGCUGUCACUCGACAGCGGCAUCCAUGCCGACAAGAUCUGCGCCGGCUUUAGCAUGGCCCCGUUUCUGGCGCUUGGGUGGACCGUCCAACGACAUUUCUACCUCAGAUGGUUUUCCGGCUUCAUCUCACCAAUUACGGGCCGACCAUCGACGACGUCAAUAGUGAACGUUUGCGCAAGCGUCACGGAUCCACCUUGCCAGGCAAGACGCGACAGCAGCUGUCUCACUUUCCGCAAGCGUGACCAGCCAGGCAACGCCUCCUCUCUUGCGCCAUUUUACAUCUUCCAAGGGCGAGACUCGAUGUACUCCUUGCUCUCCAAAAACGGCUCCACUGCGAAACUUUGCGCCGUCGUGUACGACCUGGAUGCCGACAACUUUCGGACAGCGUGCCCUGCACUGCACGCGGGCACUUUCGCCGGUCUAAGACACCUCGCCAACGUCACGAUGGACCCACAACGUGCCAGCGACCUCGAGCGGCAGUCAGUGUGUCCGUAG